CUUUUUAGCUUCAUGUUAAUUGAGAGGCUCUGAAGUAUGACAUGUUAAGUCACAUAAAAGACCAGAGUUUGGUUUAACUAAAGUUAAAGAACCCCUCCAGUCACAAAAUCAUAAGUCAUAAAAAGAAUCUGCUCUGCCUAAUAUUUUGUUUAACAUUGUUUACCAAAAAAAACAAUGUUAAACAGCCCACUGAAAUGGGGCUGGAAACCAUCCACUCUCUAUCCCUCAAUGAGGAAUUCUGAGACCAUGACUAUUCAUGAUAGUCAAAUAACAGCCCCCCCCCCACCAGAAUGUGCGCAACAACACACACCGAGACUGUGUCUACGAUGUAACGCACAGCCUGCAAGCUACUGUGCAGCUUCUUAACCAUCAACUUCUAAACAAGCCUCAUCAGGUUAAUACUGUUGUAUUGCUGAAAGGCCACUUUUAAAUGACUAGCUGUUGAUCACCAUAAUUGGCCGGUGGAUGAUGACAUAAGCCUAAAUUUAGCAGCAGAUCGUUGAUCAAGAAGUGCCGAUUCCCCAUGUUUCGGCUUAUGUGAAGUGACCACAGCGGAUAUACAACGACCCCAUGUCGAUGCAAAGCGUUGAAUUGCCUCUUUCCACUCUUACAUGUACACAUACAGGAAAUGCUUGGGUUUCCUGUGUAUGAUAAGUCAGCAGUAAAUUGUCUCUUCAAGUGCCGAGCAGUCUUGUGAAUGGGAGUGCUGCGUCUAUUUCCUACUGGUUUUCCCUGCACUGUAAGAGGAAUUUUCCAGUGCAUGCAGGGAACUCGUGUCCAAGGAUCAAGCCUUUCAGUUUUCAGGCUCCUCCAGUGAUGCUGGGAAGUACAGUAAUAAACCACCGACAGCACGUUGGACUGCAGGAGCUCUCGGCGCUGGCAGGAGUCACACAUUCUUUUUUGGGACCCGAUAAAACGUACAAGUUCAUCCAGGACGACGCGAGCGGGGAGUCGGCUCUCGUGCGCUCGUGCUUCCGCCUCUUUGAGAACCUGGAGCUGACCUGCGCGGUGGGUCAGCUGGUUCACGAGACCAUCCAGGCCCACCAGAGGGUCUACGGCACAGGGUCGGGAUGCCUGCUGUUUCUGGCGGGGGCGUGGAGCCGUGCGGCUGUGGAGUGCCUCCAGAGGGGAAUUUCGGUACCGCACGUCGUCGCGGCGAUGUCUGAAGCCAUUGAGGUGUGCGAAGAUGUUUGCAGGAUUUGCAGCAUCUCAAUUGAGGGUCUUGGGGCGACGCAGUCAGAAGAGGGCGGCGCUGCGACCCCUCAUGGUUCAGGACUUCAGCUGUCGAAGAAAUCCGUCCCAAGGGCUUCACGGGCAUCGUGUCACAAGACUCUCAACAUCAGCGGACAAAGGAAAAUAAAACUAAGCAGACACUUUUAUGAGGCCGAGGCUAAAACACAACCCGAUCAGCCUGAGCCCCCUAACAUCACGUACUUAGCUGAUGCUUUGAGCCACGGUUGUGUUGACGCAAUGAAUUUAGCGGUGGAAGCCAACCGGCUGCAAUCUAAAGACAAUCAAGAUGUCGGUUGUUCCACGUUCGACGUAACCAAAGUGUUGACUUGUGUCGUACCUGGUUUACCAGAGGAGCGUUCGUGUGUUCUACCGGGCUGCGUUGUUCUUUUAUCUGUCGAACAGGCGUCGGUGGCCCUUCGUUUAAGAGAGCAGCCCGUGAACGUCGCUCUCAUCAACGGAGAUUUGUCACACGACUUCCGCCAUCUUGGCUUCAAGAGGCCCGCGGGGAUACAGCAAGUGAGCGACCGGUCGGCUUUGCUCGGUUCGAGCCCGGAGGAAGAGUGGCUGGUAAAGGUCGUGGCACUUCUGCUGAACCUGGAGUUGAACCUGAUACUGGUGAGUGGGCUCGCCAGUGAGAAAGUGAUUCAACGCUGCUGCGGGCAUCGCAUACUUGUGGUGGAGAAAGCCAAGGCGUCCGUUUUGAAGGCCUUCGCCGACGCGACGGGAGGCGUCCCCGUGACGUACGCCACGCAGCUGACCAAGCACUGUGUCGGCACAGGGGCGAAGGUCGCGACGUGGAGGGAACUCCACGAGUCCGCGACAGCAGUCAAUAUUUCCGCCCGUGGGAACGGCGGGUUGGUCACGGUGGUCCUCACGAGCUGUGUGCGCGGCAAGCUGCAGGCGCUGGAGGACCAGUUCUGGGCCUGCGCUCAUCGUUUACACCGCGCACUGAAGGACCGAGCCGUCCUGCCUGGUGCCGGGGCGACAGAAAUGCUUUGUGUUCGUCGCCUCCAGAAGCGAGCGGGGCACCGCUCAGAGACGAGUGGUGCCCCUACAGAGGCAGAAGGUGCAGUCAACCCUUACAGGGGUGAGGUGUUUCGCCUCAUGGCGGAUGGUUUAAUCGAUUACGUAUCCACUGUAAUGUUUAACACCGGAAGGUUUUCAAAAGUCAAAGCCAGGACGGCGCUGAGACAACAACUGCAGGAGUGUAACGGACACGUGGGCACCGCUGCAAAGUUCUCACAGGUUUUUUCAGAGGGCGAAAACGAGGACGGCGCUUUUGUCUCGGAGGCGAAACCCGCCGGCGCGCCGUCAAUGAAAGUCUACGAUAAUCUGAGCGUGAAGCAGGAAGCGUGGAGGAAAGCCUUGGACCUGGUUCUCCUGGUCUUACAGACCGACGCCGAGGUCGUCACGGGCGUAGAACAAAAAACUGCUGCGGAGGAAAAUCUGAUGCUGUUAUAAUCUUCAUGAAGCCUCUUGGGGAUUUAUUUGAUACGACUUUAUGACUGUAGGUUUUUCAGGGCUGCAACUAACGAUUAUUUUCAUAAUCGAUUAAUCUGUCGAUGACUUUCUCGAUUAAUCGAUUAGUUGUUUGGUCCAUAAAAUGGACCUCAAACCUCAAGAUGAGGUUUUGUUUUGUCC